AUGGAUGCCGAGAUGCUGCUAAAGAACGAGGAUGACAGAGCCUUCCUGAUGAACAAGCUCGAGGAGCUGAUGGAAAAGCACGGAUUCGACAGCAAGAUAGGCGAGUUUGUCGACAGCCUUGUGGAUACGAGGAUGGCAGAUGUGGCCGACAUCAACCAGAUAUUUGACAAGCUCUAUGAUUUCGUGAUAACAAACCUGCCUCCAGAGAUCCAGGAGGCAUUCUAUUACGACGUAAGAAGUUUUAUAGAAAGAAGCAGCGGACUCCUGGAUCAGUGA